UAAUCAUUAUGGUAUCCUCCUUUUCCUCCAAAUAAAAGAAAAUGGCUCAGACAGAUGAGCAAAGGUGCAUCCCGCUGGAGCUGCCAGAAAUGCUGAAGAAGUUUGCCAGAGCCGUCAUCCUGGCGCAGCCGGAGGACCUCCUCCAGUUUGGGGUCGAUUAUUUUGGGGCCCUGUGCCGUGGAGAGAGUCCUCCGGUGAGAGAGCAGUCUGAGCAAGUCGGUAACUGGACACAAUUAACACCGGAGCUUUUAAAGAUCCUGCAUUGUCAGGUUGCCGGCAGACUGAUCGUCCGUGCAGAUGAGCUGGCCCAGACGUGGAAGGCGCUGAAUCUCCCAACACAUCUGUUUAAGAGUGUGAUGAACAUGGGUCGCUUCACGGAGGAGAUCGAGUGGCUGAAGUUUUUAGCCCUCACUUCCAGUGCUCUGGGAGUUACUAUCACAGACACUCUCACGUUACUGUGUGAGGUCUUAUGUGACCACGAUGGUGGGCCACCCCGGAUACCUUUCAGCACGUUCCGGUUUCUCUACACGUAUAUUGCCAAAAUGCUUGGUGAGAUCUCUGCUUCACACGUCAGCAGGAUGCUAAACUACAUUGAGCAGGAUGUAAUUGGUCCUGAUGGUAUCAUCAGAGUGAAUGACUUUACCCAAAACCCUAGGGUUCAGCUGGAGUAAAAGCACAAUUUUGGCAGUUUUAAAGGAAGAUGCAGAGAUGACUGUACUUCAGAAUGACUGAAACCCAUAUGCCCUCCAAAAUCAAUCAUCAGAGUGAAUGACUUUACCCAAAACCCUAGGGUUCAGCUGGAGUAAAAGCACAAUUUUGGCAGUUUUAAAGGAAGAUGCAGAGAUGACUGUACUUCAGAAUGACUGAAACCCAUAUACCCUCCAAAAUCAAUUAUCUUGUACAACUGGCACACACGAAUAAACAAUUAAACAAACAUGAAA